AACAUGAGCGCGUGGAAGAGGUCAGAGAGUGUUCCGCCAAGGAUUUGGCUCAAGGAAAAUGGCAUUGUUAUCCGAGAUGUCACUCCUGACUUGGACAACUUUGUCAUUGAGCACAUGCUUGAAAAUUUCGCUCGCGAUGAGCCCUUGAACCGAAGUACGAAUCUUACUGACGACCCUGACUCAAUGGCCGCUCUGGUGACCCUUUGGAAUGAGGUUUUGCCUCAAAGGGUGUCUCUAGUGGCUCUGGCCGAGGGAACUCCAGGUGCGGAUAUGGAACCAGUUGGACUUGAUAAACCUCCAACAAUAAUGGGAGCAAAUGUACUGACAGUUUGCUGCAAAAACGACAAAAAGACGACUUUUGAUUCUGACAUCGUUGGGGACGCUUUUCAAAAGGUUUUCAAGUUUCUAGAUAGUAUCAAUGCACUUGUAAACGUCUAUCAACGUUUUGGCGUCGAUCACUACGUUGACGCUGUCGGUCUGUCAGUGGCUCCAAUUUCGCGAGGAAAAGGCCUGGGCCUGUUGAUCCUCAAAGCCCGUCUCGAGCUGUGCAAAGGGCUCAACAUACCGCUGACCAAGACCAUUUUCACUGCCAUCCAAUCGCAGAAGAUUUCAGCCAAAGCUGGGUUCCAGGUGCUCGUAGAGCGCGAGUACGACCAAUUGAAAGGACCUGAUGGAAAGGUCAUUUUCCCUGACAUGUCACCUACAAAAGUCAUCCAACUUUCUGCAAAGGCCAUUCCGUAACGGUGAACACAAAUAAAUAAAUAAAUAAUUGGUG